AUGCCGUUGCUUAACAUUGGGCUGCAAUCGAUUGGUCUGACGAGGAAGCAAAUUGAUGACGAGUUCGAAGCAGCCGUGGCCAAAUGCAAGAAUAUGAAACAACUUCGAGCAGCAGCAGAGAAGAAUCCUACCAUCAAAGAUGGCAUCCUUGAUAGUAUUGCUCCUAUGAAAUUACUCAUGUCAAGUGUCUUCCACAGACUGUCGUUGAAAGAAAAAAAGGUCGAAUCCUUCGCAAUAGCCACCACAGCCGAAAUUGAAGAGUUUUUGUCAAGCAUAAAGUCAGUACACGAGUCGGUUACGGCAGAUGUCAAGUGGAUCAAAGCAGUACUACCUGAGUACCCGAAGAUCAAAGCGUUCAUUUAGCAUUGCUGCCAGUUGAAGCACUACUCUUUCUGCAUCAAAAAGUGUGGAGAAACUGAUUGCAGAAUAUUUAAGCCAACUAGCCUUCCUUCUGAUGUCUUUGAAGAAAUCAAGUUCCAUCACGAUCCAGUCACAAACGAUGGCGGACACUACAAGCCAUUUGAGGUAGUUUAUGGCAAAACGACAAGUGAAAAACAUCGCUCUACACUUCAGAAACGUCCUGCAAGAAUCAAAACGUUGCCUUUCGUUUCUAGUGUCCAGAAUCCACGAAACACCAACAUGAUGAUUCAAUGCGAAGAAUGUGAGAUGUGGCGCUUGGUCUACUCAAUGUGCAAGUUAACAGCUGUUGAACGUUUACAGCUGGACAAUGCCCUUUCCGACUAUACCUACACAUGUGGUGCGACCUUAUCAGAUCUUGACCUUAACGGCCGCUUAGCUGAUGUAUGCAUCAGAGAUAUACAAUGCUAUGAUCCUUUAGAGAAACUUUAUUUUUCCAUGAACAAGGAUCCCAUUUGUAUUUAUUGUUGUGGAUCUGCGAAUCUCGUGACGAAAGAAGGUUGUUAUCCUCAGUGUAAUAACUGCGACUCCAAACCAUCUGUACAGAAGCGCAUGUAAACUUUCUAUACGUACAUAUGUACAGUGUCGCAUGUUGCCUAGAAAUGUUCAUCCAUAAAUAACAGUUGUCCUUAAGUAACAGUUGUCCAGUUCCUACUCCUCCUUCAACACCGAUGGAAACGAAAGGACAAAAGUCAUCCACGAUCCGUGCUCUAUAUUUCAAUGAUCCUGUUGUCACCUCCCCUUCAACAUCAGUUGUCAGGAACGAAACGGACACAAACAUGACACUAACUGAUUCUGAACAGAUUGUGAACAUUUGCAGUAGCAGUGAGGAUGAUACAUCAGAUAGUGAUGUCACAACAGAUAGUGACGACGAUUAUAUUUGCUCAGAAUUAGACAACAGUGCUGAGUCUGACGAGGAAGAACUAAAAAAUGAAAGAAAAUUUAUUGUGUUUGAAAGUAUGCUUGAUCAGCUAUUUAUCAACUGUAACACGUGUGGUUCUCUAUGUGAGAUUGAAAAGUCUAACACUGGUAGCAUGGUAGUAAUCAAAGCAACAUGUUGUAACAACCAUACCUUUCACUGGAGAUCACAACCAGAGAUAGAUAACAAGCCAGCUGGUAACAUUUUGAUUCCUGCUGCAACUGUCAUUACUGGGGGAUCCUAUGAAUCUAUGAAACAAUUUUCUAAUGCGCUUAAUUUAAACUUUGUUAAUAAAGACCAGUUUUAG